UUGCAUGCACAUGUAGCAAACAAAACCACAAAUCCUCUAAGGAGUAGUUUGUUGUUGGCCAUUUCUCCCUUAGAUAAAUUCUUAUUACUUACUCAACCAAUUUGAAUCCAAACAUGGUGACACCAGAAAAAAAGAACCUCUCAACAGCUUUAAAUGCCAGGACCAUACAGUCAUCGUUAGGGACCAAAACCAUAAUUUUAUGUCACGGAUUUGGUACAGACCAAUCGAUUUGGGACAAAAUCAUUCCUCUUUUGUUAGCUGAAAAUUACAGUAUAGUUUUGUUUGAUUGGCCCUUUUCUGGAGCUGUUGAAGAUAAGAGCCUCUAUGAGCACUCCAAAUACACAUCCUCCUUUGAAUCUUAUGCUGAUGCUUUUAUCACUGUUAUGGAUGAGAUGGGUCUCAAAGAUAUCAUUUUUGUUGGGCAUUCCAUGGCUGCUAUGAUCGGUUGCAUUGCCUCCACUCAAAGACCUAACUUAUUCAAGAAACUCGUUCUUCUUUGUGCUUCCCCAAGGUACAUAAAUGAUGAGGACUAUGAAGGUGGGUUUGAGAGGGAAGACGUUGAGCAGUUAAUAUCAACAAUAGAGGUGCAGUUUGAAGAGUGGGUUUCAGCAUACGCUCCAAUUGCAGUGGGUCCCAACGACUCUGACGCCGUUGACAAAUUUCGAAGCUGCUUGAAAAACAUGGGCGCACAAGUGGCGGUGUCCUUGGCCAAGACCGUGUUUCAUAGCGACAACAGAAAGAUACUGCAAAACGUUGAGACGCCAUGCACCAUCAUUCAGUCAAGUAACGACGCCGCCAUUCCGGUGAGCGUAGGGCACUUCUUGAAGAAGAUGAUCAAAGGGGUCUCUGCUUUGGAGUUCAUAGACAUGACUGGCCAUUUUCCUCAGCUUACUGCACCCCAUGAGCUGGCUCAGCUGCUCAAAGCUGUUGUGGAGUUUGGUCCUCCACAAAUUCGAUUAAUAAACUUUGGAAUCCGGGCUAGAUAGUCAAUGGAAUAUUUGUACAAUGUGUACAAUGAAUUUCGAGUUAAAAAAUGAACAUCACCCAUACUAUUCAGAAUAAUAAACAUCUCAUGUCAUAAAACCACUCAUCCAGGAGUUCACUAAGAAUCGAACUCUUAAUUUUUCGGAUGUAGAACUCUAAUAUCAUGUCCUGAAACCACUCAUCCCAAAAACUUAAAUUGAUAGGAAAAUGGUUAUAUCUCUAAUACUGAAUCAGACAUCUCUAAACCUCCAUCGUCCAUAUUAUACAGAUAUGUGCACAGAUAUUCCAUUAGCUCCCUAUACUUCCUCUAAACUUUGUUUCACAUGCGUGUUAUCAAUAUUUAUGUUUCAUAAUUGUCUUUUCGUUUUUCUGUUUUUUUAGUUACCUUGUUUAUCUGAACCGUUCUUGUUAUAAAAUU